AUGGCGACAGCAAGGAAUUUCGAUUUUGAAGAAUUUUUGAAUGAGUUUGCAGCAGAUGAGGACAGUGAUUUUGAAUUUGAGGGUUUUGAUUUAGAUGACAUUACAGUGAGUAGGCCAACAGAAAACUUUGAAAACUUUAUAGAUGCAGACAAUUGGGUGGCAGGAGACAGGGAGCCCCCAUCCCUUGACUAUACAAAAACUCCUGGAUUAAAACAAGCAGUUCACAACAAAGAUUCCCCUCGAGAAUAUUUUGAACUAUUUUUUAAUGACAAUGAUUUUGAAUUUCUUGCACAACAAACCAAUCUGUAUGCACAACAGUUCUUGAGAUCUGCUCAGUUGAAACCUUGUAGUAGGUUCCAUAAAUGGCAUGAAACAAAUCGCUCAGAAAUGAAGCAAUUUAUAUCACUCCUCAUGCUGAUGGGACUUGUGCAUCAGCUAGACAUCAAGGAGUACUGGACAACCGAUCCACUGACUACUACACCCUUUUUUCCCAGCGUCAUGCCAAGGGACAGGUUUUUGUCAUUGAUGACUUUCUUGCAUCUAAAUGACAAUUCGGAAUUUGUGCCACGUGGAGAAGAGGGCUAUGAUCCUCUCUUUAAACUGGGUCCCUUGUUUCAAAAGAUUUUGGACAGGUUUGACACAGUGUAUCAGCCCCAUCAAAAUUUAUGCAUUGAUGAAGGCAUGGUUCCAUGGAGAGGAAAUCUACACUUCCGAGUGUACAGCCCAGAUAAGCCAGACAAGUAUGGGCUUAAAGCAUACAUACUUUGUGAUGCGGAAAAUGGGUAUUGUAUGAAAAUGAAGUUGUACACAGGGAAACCUUCAGUACCCCCCAGUGACAAAGGUGCGACUUACGACUUAGUUAUGUCACUUUUACGGAACCACUAUGCUUGUGGACACAUUCUGUACUGCGACAACUAUUAUUCGAGUCCACAGCUAUUCAUGGAUCUAUGGUGUCUUGGAGUAGGUGCCACUGGCACAGUUCGUCCUAAUCGUCGUGGGAUACCCCAAGAGAUUAAAGAGGUCUCCAAACUAUGUUCAACUAGUCAUUGUAGCAUUCUACUUUCUUAUUUUAUCCAUCUUGAGAACAGAGGGGAGGUGAAAGUGCUUUCAAAUGGCCCCCUUAGUGUUACUAAAUACCAGGAUGCUAAACCUGUUUACCUUAUAAGCACUGUAGAAAAAUCAACCUUGGUGACCACAGGAAAGAGAAAUCACAGAAAUGAGGAGGUAGUGAAGCCACUUGUGGUUCACAGAUACAACAGCAACAUGGGAGCAGUGGACAGGCUUGAUAUGGUUGUAUCGGCUUCAAAGCUGCCUGUCAAAACUUUGAAAUGGUGGAAAAAAGUCUUUUUUCACAUUUUGACACUCAUAGUUUCAAAUGCAUAUGUGCUUUACAAGGAUAACUGUGAAGAUCAGACUCCCCUAAACCACAGGCUGUUUCGGAGAAGACUGAUCCAUGAGCUUCUCAGCAACUCUGGUGAGUUCCACACAAAAGUAACGGGCAGACCUGCAGCUGGCAAGUCCCUGGAGAGGCUUAGUGGUCGCCACUUUUUAAGAAAAAUUGUUGCAACCAAGACUGUCUGCAGACUCUGUAUUGUAUGCAGCAAAGCUUGCAGACAAGCUGAAGGGAGGAAAAGGCCAGGAAGGCAGAUAUCGUAUGAAUGUGGCCAAUGCAAUGUGGCAUUGUGCAUAGAGCCAUGUUUCGAGAUUUACCACACCAAACAGGACUACGUACUAGCCUAUAAGAGGCUCUUAACCCAGCCCACUGAGGAGUGA